AUGUCGGACCUCCCAACUCUUCUUACCGCAUCAUUGCGACCAGAAACGCGAAAACAAGCCGAACAGGCCCUCGAAGCCCUCAGUCGCCAAUCAGGCUUCCUUGCAUCACUCUUGCGGCUCGUUCUUGAAUCCAGCGAUCGGGCUGUUAAGUUGUCGGGUAGCGUGUAUUUGAAGAACAUCGCGAAGAGUAGAUGGGAGGAAGAUGAGCCUCCGCUCAGCGAGGUGGACAAAGCCCAACUUCGGGCAGAGCUUGUUCCAGCCAUGUUGGCACUGUCUGCUCCAUCGGAUAAGGCAGUGCGAAUUCAGAUCGCGGAGGCGAUUUCCCUCAUUGCUGAACUAGACUUUCCUUCGAAGUGGCCCAACCUGAUAGACCAACUGGUUUCAUCGUUAUCACCUACAGACUACAACGUAAAUCUGGGAGUACUUGAAACAGGGCACUCUAUAUUCCGCCAAUGGCGCGCCCAUGUUCGCUCCGACGAACUCUUCUCAGAGAUCAACCUUGUAUUUGACAGGUUCAUGACCCCAUUCCUCCAGCUCUUCCAACAAACCGCAACCUUCCUCACUACUCCCCCUCAGAAGGACUACGCUCUUUUGGCCCAAUGCAUGGUGCUUCUAGUCGAGAUAUUCUACGACUUCACGUGUCAUGACCUUCCCCCAGCAAUUGAAGACACACACGAUCAGUUUUUUAGCCCCGGAAAGGGGUGGUUUCAUGUCUUUUUGGCUUGGGACCCAGUGGAACUCAGGGGAGAUCCCGACGAUACGACGCCCUCUCUACCUUCACAACUCAAGACUGUGAUCCUCGAGACUGUGGACUUGUUUUUGAAGCUUUUUCCUGACCAACUGCAAAAUUCAGACUCCAUCCAAGGCUUCGUUCAAGAGGUUUGGACCCUGGUGGGGUCCAAUAAACUCCCCAAUAUCAGUGACGACGCUCUGGUUUCUCAAUCCCUUCGAUUCAUCUCCAGCACCAUUCGUUCCGGAUACUACAAAACCCUUUUUGAAUCUCGUGAGGUCAUCUCCUCUCUAGUAGAGGGCGUAGUCGUCCCCAACGUCGCGCUUCGUGAACACGAUGUGGAGCAGUUUGAGGAUGAUCCCUUAGAAUUCGUUCGCCUCGAUCUAUCACUUUCAGCGACCGGCGUUGAUCUUAGUACGAGAAGACAUGCUGCCGCAGAUCUCCUGCAGGCGCUGGUCAGUUCUGGAUACGAAGCACAGGCUACCGAAAUUGUAGGCAAUUGGAUCGGAACGGGGCUGCAGGAGUACCGGUCCAAUAAAGAGGCCAAUUGGCGAGCGAAGGAUAGCGCGAUCUUCCUUCUUGCGGCGGUGGCCACUAGGGGAUCUACUACAAAGCAAGGAGUCACGUCAACGAACGCACUUAUCGAUAUCAUCAAGUUCUUCUCAGAGAACGUCUUCGAAGAUUUACAAGCCGCGGCUGUACCACACCCUAUCCUCCAAGUUGACGCUAUCCGCUUUUUACUGACGUUCAGGAAUCAGCUAACUAAAGAGCAACUGCUUUCCGUUCUCCCUCUCCUUGUACGGCAUCUAGGCGCCGAUAAUUAUGUGACCUACACCUAUGCCGCCAUCACUAUCGACCGGAUACUAUUCAUAAAACAAAGCGGACGUUUACUAUUCGCACAAGCAGACGUCCACGACUUCGCCCAUGAUCUGUUGAACGCUCUGUUGUCAAAGAUUGAAGCUGCAAAAACCCCAGAGAAGGUUGCUGAAAACGAUCACCUGAUGAGAUGUAUCAUGAGAGUCAUCAUAACAGCGAGGCAAACCUUGACACCUCACUAUGAGACGGUUCUGACACGCCUUGUCAACAUACUUGGGGUAGUGUCGAAGAAUCCCAGCAAUCCCCUUUUCGAUCAAUACAUUUUCGAAAGCAUAUCAGCGCUAAUGAGGUUCAUCGUCGGCGGAUCACCCGCCACGCUUUCCAAUUUCGAAGCAACACUAUUUGGGCCAUUUACGUAUAUCUUACAACAGGACAUCGACCAAUAUAUUCCCUACGUUUUCCAGAUCCUCGCCCAGAUGCUUGAACUGCAUACCUCCGAUGUACCCUCCGAAUAUCGUAGUCUUCUUCCUUUCCUCCUCACCCCAGCGGUGUGGCUCCAGAAGGGUAGUGUCCCCGGUCUAGUCAAGCUGCUGAAAGCCUUUGUGGCAAGGGACGCGACACAAAUGGCUGCUCAAGGCCAACUGGCGUCGGUGUUAGCCGUGAUUCAACAGAGACUGAUCCCAUCCAAAGCGAACGAUAUGUGGGGCUUUGAAUUAUUGUACUCCAUCGUUCGUCAUACUCCAAUCGACAACCUCAAACAGUAUUUCAAACCCGUGGUCAUGACGCUUCUCACCAGGAUGCACCAGACCAAAACCGACCAGUUUGUUUAUCUAUUUUCGUACUUCAUACUUUACACGAUGGCCCUAAACGACGGUGGCCUUCCCGCCGAUUAUGUUAUCACGACGAUGGAAGAGAUCCAGGUUGGAUUAUGGGCACAAGUUCUGAGCAACUUUGUUCUCCCACAAGCACCAAAGAUGCCUCCCAAAGAUCGCAAAGUCGCCGUCGUAGGGUUGACAAAACUCCUGACGCAGAGUUCCUUGAUGUUGCAACCCCCCGCUGUUCAGACAUGGCCGCUUGGCCUAACUGUUCUCGUGCAACUUUUCUCUGAACCCCAAUAUCUCUCGAAAAAGGAUACAUCUAGCAGCGAGGCCGACGUCGCCUUGACGGAGAUUGAUUACGAGGAACAGACAGCGGGAUACCAGGCGGCCUAUUCGAGACUCGCGUCUUCGGAAACUGUCCCCGUCGACCCUGUCCAGUAUGUUCAGGAUCCUCAGGUGUUUGUAGGAACGGAACUAGGAAAGCUAGCCAACCAGAACAAACCGGCAUUCCAAUCUCUGGUCUCUACGGCGGACGGGAAGGUAGCUCCUUUCAUACAGGGAUUAUCUGCUACAGGAUACAUCUAA